UUCUUUAGCUUUCAAGAACCAAUGAUCUUUUCAGCUUUCACCUUUUUUUCAGAACCUCUCGCUUUCUCCUCAUGAUUUUCAGAGCUCUAAUGGGAUCAGUCACCGGUCUCUCUCAUGCUGAACCGCUCAGGCGUUGACCUGCUCCUGACUGGACUGCCUGAUAUGGCGGAGGCCAGUGAAAGACAGGCCCAGGUGAUAAAGAACCACCACUUCAGUCACCUGCAGAGGAGUCUGGGCUGGUGUCUGAGUGGACGGACUCUGGGUUCUCUUGCUUCCAGAACUCCAGUAGUACCUGUAAGGCUCUAUAAAAUACCACGGUUCACCCUCCCGGUCACACCUGUGUCCAGCUCUGGAGAUGAGGUUGGACUGAAGGCUGGGGAAAAACCUCAAAUAAUGUGGGACUUGGAAUACCCAGUAAUAGAGAACAAUGCAACAGCAAAGACUCUGCAGGAGGAACAUAUCGCACUUCGUAACUUCUUCAAAACGCUCACUCAUCUGAGGGGAAAAGAGCCAUCGUUUCUGCACGGAGAAUAUGUCAGCCUUUUCAGUUCACCCACUUCAUUAGCAUUUGUCCGCCUCUGGGAUCAGAACGAACGCUUCCUUACUGCCAUGAACUGGGGAAAUGUCCCUGUAACUAUGAACCUCACUUACAGAGACCUGCCGACAUAAGCUCAGGUUCACCUCACCACAGAUGCUGUGAAUCAAGCCGUGGAUAGCAUCUCCUUAGAGAAGUUUCAGCUUGGGCCCAAACAGGCUGUUCUGUUGUCUUAUCCUUAUGCUGGUUAGACACACAUAUGCAGAUCCUCACAUAUCGUCUCAGAGUUUGUUUUUCUAUGAGGUCUCAUAAAAUAAUGUCUUUUUGCUCUGUGAAGUUUAAGUCUAAAUAUUUAAAAUCUUAAAGUGAUUUAAAAAUAACUUUUUUUCAGUCGUGUUUAUUCAAUUUGACUUCUCUUAUCUACUAAUAAAGUUGAAUAAAAAGGUUUUCCAUGUCUGCUUUCAGUGCAAAGACGUGUUUAUAUAAAAUCACCUUAAAAAUAAUUCAAUUUAACUACAAAAUCUGAUAAAUGUUUACUUGUCCUUUUUUACAUCUGUGUAUUUUAGAAUGAAAAAACUUGACGUUGUGCACACAAUAUAUAA